UGCGCGUGCAUUUCGACUGAAAGUAUGAAAUCGCAAAGUUUGGGCUCUUCGGCUAUGUUCAGCUGAGAAUUUACAGAUUCCAUAUAAGGCGCGGAGGGGGGGGGGCAGCAACGGUCGCGCGGCAACUUGCAUGCGGGCUCGCGUCACAUUAUACCGGCUCAUACCUGUUGUGGCGCCAAGCAAGAAUUACCUCCCGUUGUGUUUGUUGUGGGUAUCCAUACUUGGCUGUUUUUCAGGCGUCACUAAGAAGCUGCAUGCACAAAAGCUAGUCAAAGCCAACAUUGGAUGAUACGAAACCUCUCUCAAUGGCCCUACCAUGCUUCUAGUGUCUUCACACUUAGCUGCCUUCCUAUCGACAUAAGCAACUGGAAACGCAGCCAUCAUCUUGCAUCUACCUAUGUCAUGUGGGACUUCAGAGGGAAAGAGUGGGUGUCCAUGUGAGAUACAUAAGAGAAGGUUUAACACGUUCGAUGAAUGCUCAAGCAAGAAAGUAUGGAGGCAAAUGGCAAAAGAAAUGAGAAGAAUGAAGAAUGAGAAAGACAGAGAAAGUCAGCAAGGAGGACACGCUAAGACAGAGGCUGCUCCUACAUUGGCACUCAAGCUAUGGGCGCUCCUGUAUGGAUAUGGAAUCCAAAUUGAUUCGCUUGCUCGUCUAUACGUCAUUCUUUGGCUACACUUCCUUAUUUGUAUGGUGUUUCGGAGGAUCAAGUUGUUAAAAAAGUAACGAAAUCUGAAGAUAUCAUUACCAGCGAUGGAAAUCAUUCAUGCAACGUCGAGUUUUUGCUGUCGCCCGCUUUUGCAUCCUGCAGCCGCGUCAGCCUCGGUAGCGCAACCCUCUCUCUGCAUAAGGCUCGCGAGCGUGAGAGACGAGGCGGGAGCAGAGAAAAAAUCGGCCCAAUCAAGUUAAUAAUCGCCGGAAAAAAAUUUAGAUUGCACAUCAUUUCGCGCGAGUGCUAAAUCAUUCGCGUCCCGGAUUAAUGACGGUCUCUCGGCUCCUCGUUCUCUCCUCGUCUUCUCCUCUCUCCAUCUCCUUCGUCGUCGUCGUCGUCGUUGCCGUAGCCUUGUACAACCGGCUUCCUUCCUGCGCGACUGCAUCCAGCCGAGACUGUGGCUAGGAAUAUGUUAUUGUUGCAUCCAGUGCUAUAUUUGCCCCUAUCCUGCGUUGGUUGAUUUAGCAAAGCGUGACAGGCAGUCUGGAAGUACAAAAAUAACUGUAAUCAACGAUUUCGCAUCUCUGUUCACG